ACAUCAUCCAAGCCUAUCGGCAGAUUAUCCAUGAAAACAAAACUCACAGGAAGUCUCUUUCUCCGGCACCACUGGAACAAAAACCCUGGGAGAGAGGAGCAUCACUGCAGUGAAAACAAACACCCAGCCACAAUAUACAUCCGCAGCUAGCAAAGGAAGGAAAGACAUCACAAACAAGAUCAUCAGAUUUAAAACGAGCUGCUCAGUUCACCACAGCCCACGUUAAACCUGUACUUUUACUACACCACGGUUACCUGGGUGGAAGCGUUCACUGCAUGGUGAUGUGGAUAUUUGCCAAACAGGCGUUGCUGGCUGGCUGGUUUGUUGAUGAACCAAACAGCUGACUGAAGCGUCUUCUUAAGGAUCUGUCACCCAGUCCCUUUGCAAAGUCAGUGAUUAGUAGGUCAGUCUUAAACAGUAGGCUACCAGUUCAGUCAUGUCGGCCAAAGCUAUCUCUGAGCAGAUGGGAAAGGAGUUCCUAUACAAGUACAUCUGCACAGCAGCGGCUGUCCAGAACAGAUUUCGAUAUGCCAAUGUGACAGCUGAGACUGACUUUGACCGCCUGGUGCAGGAGCACCCUUGGCUGCUCACAGAGAGGCUGGUGGUGAAGCCGGACCAGCUGAUCAAGAGACGAGGGAAGCUGGGCCUGGUUGGCGUCAACCUGGACCUGAAUGGCGUCAGAGAGUGGCUGAAGCCUCGCCUAAUGAAAGAGACAACAGUGGGAAAAGCUAAGGGCAUUCUGAAGAACUUCCUCAUUGAGCCAUUUGUCCCCCAUAAGCAGGAGGAGGAGUUCUACGUGUGCAUCUACGCCAGUCGGGAAGGGGACUAUGUGUUGUUUCACCAUGAGGGAGGGGUGGAUGUGGGAGACGUGGAUGCCAAAGCAAAGAAGUUGCUGAUUGCCGUGGAUGAAAAGAUCAGCGAAGAUUCUGUGAAGAAAGAGCUGCUGACCCACGUCCUUAAUGACAAGAAAGUAGUCCUGGCCAACUUCAUUGUUGGACUCUUCAACCUCUAUGAAGACCUGUUCUUCACAUACCUGGAGAUCAACCCACUGGUGGUCACAAAAGAAGGAGUUUACGUGCUGGACAUGGCAGCCAAGAUUGACGCCACGGCUGACUACAUCUGCAAGGCCAAGUGGGGUGACGUGGAGUUCCCUCCACCUUUUGGCAGAGAGGCCUGUCCUGAGGAGGCCUACAUUGCCGACCUAGAUGCCAAGAGUGGCGCCAGCCUCAAACUCACCUUGCUCAACCCUCGAGGCAGGAUCUGGACCAUGGUGGCAGGAGGAGGUGCCUCAGUAGUGUACAGUGACACAAUCUGCGACCUGGGGGGUGUCAACGAGCUGGCAAAUUACGGGGAGUAUUCAGGAGCGCCAAGUGAACAGCAGACCUAUGAUUAUGCCAAGACAAUCCUGUCCUUGAUGACCAGAGAGAAGCACCCUGAUGGAAAGGUUUUGAUUAUUGGAGGAAGCAUUGCAAACUUCACAAAUGUUGCAGCAACAUUUAAGGGGAUUGUUCGGGCUAUUAGAGACUAUCAGGAGCCACUAAAGGAGCAUGAGGUCACCAUCUUUGUUCGUCGUGGAGGCCCCAACUACCAGGAAGGUCUCAGAGUAAUGGGGGAAGUUGGCAAGACCACUGGGAUACCCAUUCAUGUCUUUGGCACGGAAACUCACAUGACUGCCAUCGUUGGCAUGGCACUGGGCCACCGGCCGAUCCCCAACCAGCCUCCUGUUGCCGCCCACACUGCCAAUUUCCUGCUCAACUCCAGUGGCAGCACAUCGACUCCAACAUCCAGCAGAACUGCUUCUUUCUCUGAAAACAAGGCCGGAGUAGAGGCCUCACCAGCCAAGAAGACCAAAAUUGGAGCUCCUGCUGCCAAGGCAACUACACUCUUCAGCAAAAACACAAAGUCCCUAGUGUGGGGUAUGCAGACCCGGGCAGUACAGGGCAUGCUGGACUUUGACUAUGUCUGCUCCAGAGAUGAGCCAUCUGUCGCAGCUCUGGUCUACCCGUUCACUGGAGACCACAAACAGAAGUUCUACUGGGGUCAUAAGGAGAUCCUCAUCCCUGUGUACAAAAACAUGAGUGAUGCCAUGAAGAAGUACCCAGAUGUGGACGUGCUCAUCAACUUCGCCUCAUUGCGUUCAGCCUAUGAUAGCACUAUGGAGACCAUGCAGUACCCACAAAUUCACACUAUUGCCAUCAUCGCUGAGGGAAUCCCUGAAGCCCAUACAAGGAAGAUCAUCAAGGCAGCAAAUGAGAAGGGUGUCACAGUCAUUGGACCGGCCACUGUUGGAGGAAUCAAGCCAGGCUGUUUCAAGAUUGGGAACACCGGAGGCAUGCUAGAUAACAUUCUUGCCUCCAAGCUCUAUCGUCCAGGCAGCGUGGCCUAUGUAUCCCGCUCAGGCGGCAUGUCCAACGAACUCAACAACAUCAUCUCCCGUACCACUGAUGGUGUUUUUGAAGGCGUGGCCAUUGGUGGGGAUAGAUAUCCUGGCUCUGUGUUUACUGACCAUGUGCUGCGCUACCAAGACACUCCUGGAGUAAAGAUGAUUGUUGUACUAGGAGAGAUUGGAGGCACAGAGGAGUACAAGAUUUGCCAGGCUAUUAAACAGGGCAGGAUCACAAAGCCAGUGGUCUGCUGGUGUAUCGGCACCUGUGCCACUAUGUUUUCCUCAGAGGUUCAGUUUGGCCAUGCAGGAGCCUGUGCCAAUCAGGCUUCUGAGACAGCCGUUGCUAAGAACAAGGCUCUAAAGGAGGCUGGUGCUUUUGUCCCCAAGAGUUUUGAUGAACUGGGAGAGAUAAUCAAAUCUGUUUAUGAUGACCUUGUUGCCAAAGGAGUUAUUCAGCCGGCCGGAGAGCUGCCUCCUCCCACUGUGCCAAUGGAUUAUUCUUGGGCACGAGAGCUUGGUCUGAUCCGUAAGCCAGCCUCCUUCAUGACCAGUAUCUGUGACGAGAGAGGUCAAGAGCUCAUCUACGCAGGCAUGCCCAUCACUGAGGUCUUCAAGUCAGAAAUAGGUCUGGGAGGAACUCUGGGGCUGCUUUGGUUCCAGAGGAGGUUACCCAGGUAUGCCUGCCAGUUCAUUGAGAUGUGCCUGAUGGUGACAGCUGAUCAUGGCCCUGCUGUUUCUGGUGCCCACAACACUAUUGUGUGUGCCCGAGCUGGCAAAGAUCUCAUUUCCAGCCUCACCUCUGGUCUCCUCACCAUUGGUGACCGCUUCGGAGGUGCUCUGGAUGCGGCCGCAAAGCAGUUCAGCAAGGCAUUUGACAGCGGCAUGUUACCCAUGGAGUUUGUCAACAAGAUGAAGAAGGAUGGCAUGCUGAUCAUGGGCAUUGGACACAGAGUCAAGUCGAUUAAUAAUCCAGACAUGAGAGUCCAGAUCUUGAAGGACUUUGUGAAGCAGCACUUCUCCUCGACCCAGCUGCUGGACUAUGCUCUAGAUGUAGAGAAGAUCACCACAUCCAAAAAGCCCAAUUUAAUCCUAAAUGUGGAUGGCUUCAUUGGUGUGGCCUUUGUGGACUUGCUCAGGACUUGUGGUGGUUUUACAAGAGAUGAAGCUGAUGAGUUUGUGGAAAUUGGUGCCCUGAAUGGCAUCUUCGUCCUGGGACGCAGCAUGGGAUUCAUCGGUCACUACCUGGACCAGAAGAGGCUGAAGCAGGGUUUGUAUCGUCAUCCCUGGGACGACAUUUCCUAUGUGCUCCCAGAACACAUGUCAAUGUAAUCGACUGUACUAAACCUGAAAGUGCCAGCUCUUCUGUCCACAAUCCCCCCCACCCUGGCCAUCAGUCCCCAGCCCACACUGUGAUCCAUCACCUCAAAGCAGUGAUGAUGAUGUUACUGUUGAUAUAGAAAUGACAGAUAUUAAAAAGACUGUUUGUUAAUAGUUUUGGAAACCUGUUAGUGCUGCAGUUCUGUGAAUAAUAGUAAAACCUGCUAAACUGUGAAGCUCCAGUCAGACUUUGUAAUGGGGAGAGCUGACGAUGAAUCAGGUGUACAGGUGAGGGAAUUACUGUGGAAUAUUCAACUGCCCACCACCGCUACCACUACCCUCAUGGCUGCAAUGCUGAAGUACUGUUAUGCAUCCCAGAAUAUUAUGUCCGUGUGUUCACCUAGCAAAUGUGUCUGUAUCACAGGCUAUUGUGUCUUUGUGCAGCUCUCUUUAAUGUGCCAUUUGAAAAUCAUCAGCUUGCUACAAGGGUGAACAGGUAGUGUAGUAAUACCUAUAGUAAAGAACAUGCUGUAGAUCAGCAUUUUAUUUGUGCAUUGAUUGUGAAAAUUAAAAUGUACAAGAAUGUUAUCAUUUAGAUUUUCUGUAUUGGUUUUGACACACAGUCAUCUUACUGUGGUAAACAGGAGCAUUUUAUGAGUCAUUCCUGGCAGGUGCUGCUAUUUGCUCUCCCCGGGAACUGUUCUCUCUCAGCUGCUGCAAAAGGUGGGAGUAUUUUCUUCAAGGGUUUAAUUGGAAGUUGAAUGUUGUUAAUCAUAAAACCAAAUUAAAACAUUAAAAAUUACACAUUUAUUUUUCUCCAUUUAUUUAAGUGGAUUAAGGUAUUUUUGUGAUAAAUCCCUAGAUUCAGUCAUGGAGGUCCAUCUUUUAUCAGCAAUGAGCUACAAAAUGAAAUAUUCAGCUUCUUUUAAUGGUCUAUUCUGUUUCAUAUUGUGAACAUAAAUGCACUAAUCCUAUUACAGUAAAAUGGAUUAUUAGUAUUAUAACUUUAAUGUCAGCAGAAGUUGCAUUUUGCUGUUUAGUUCCAUAUUAUUUAUUUAUUACAUAUUUCUCUAUAUUCAAAUGAUUUUCUUUUAUUUUUUUAAUUGAGCUUGAUCCACUACUUCUGUUUUAACAGUUAUAUGACAGAAAUUAUACAUAUCUCACCUUAGAAAUUUUUGACACACCUUUAAGAUGGCUGUGUUUGUAUGUGAAUAAUUUGCUUAUAAUCAUCGGACAGUACACGAAGAUUAAAACUUCUGAAUUCUGUUAAAAACGAAAGGAAAUGAUACACUUUCCCAUAGGGUGUGAGGUUCAAAACUGUGUGUGGCAACCAUCACCGGUUGCCAUUUUAAUGUGAAUGUUACAAAAGUGUAGAAAAUGUCUGGGCAACCACAAACUUUACCAGUGUUGUUACAGUGUUUUUGUUUCAGUGUGAACUGAAUGUGCCUCUGUCCUGAUUUGUUGUCAACUGUGUAAUUAAGUAAAAUGUGAUUAAUGUAAGAUGAUGAUUCAGUAGCUUUGUGGUCUUGGUUGUGUGUGCAGCGUUAUCUUAUAGUUAACCACUUUCUAGAUGCAGUGUUGAACAGUUAAUUUGGUAACCAGUAUCAUUAACCAGUAACCAGUACAGUUCAUGUUAUCACAAGUUAGAAUUAUUACAUCAAAAACAAUGCAAAAAGCUAAAGGUUAAAAAAGGAGCACUGUGACAUCUUUGACCACACAUUAGAGUCAAAACAACAGCAGAAUGGCAUCAAUUGACAAAUUGAAUUAAAGAGCCUAUGGCAUACUUUUCCUUGUUUUUGGACUCAUCUACAAUGUUACAACGGUGAAUUAUCAUCUUAGACCUGACCUAAAGCUCAAAAACUGAGGUGUACGUAUCUUCUAGUACCUCUAUGCAGAAGCUACUCAGUUUAUACACGUCCCACAAACUCGCGAGCGAGACUUUUUCUGUAACAAAAAUUAUUGCGUGAUAGCUUAAUGAUUUCCUUGAAUGGGCAUAAUCUCCAGGCAGUUGUGCAUUCAUGUGAGCUUGCCUGACAUCCACCAGUGCCAUUGUAACAGUGCAAUUUUUCAACUGCGCACGUUUUUGAGGAUAUAUUUUACCUCCUGCUGCUGCACUGUGAUCAGGCUGGUUUUCCACGGAGCACAGUACCUGUUUGUUU